AUGAAAUCUGGGGAUGGAGGUGUAGAUCUGGUCGUAUAUUAUAAGUCAUUCGUGAUUCUGAUCCAGUGUAAGAAUCACGCAACUAACAUUGGUCGGGCGCCGGUUCAAGCACUAAGUGAGUGGCACCCGGUUACCCCCGGGGCAACACGUGAAGCAGAUACUUGUUCGAAUCCGAUGAAACUUUCGUAUGAAGAUACGAUAGUUGAGGAUAUAAAAAUACUUGUCGAAUCAAAUCUGGCUUUGGGGGUAGAAGAAACGACCGGACCUAUCACUAUUACAUGGGAGGUGGAAAUAUUAAAGAGAAUAGAGAGUUUGGAGAGAUAA